UAAUUUCCCAUAUAUACACGCAUCCAAACUCUUAAACCAAUACAAUUUUUUAUAUAUAUAAUAAAAACAAAAUCUUCAUAUAUUUCUAUUUAUAUCUACAUAAUUUUAAUUAGUGUAUAUACGUGCUGCUACCAAGCUAGUGUGUACGUAGUCGAGUAAUACCGUUUAUCCGUUGAUUCAAGGAAGGAUGUGGAAGUUGAAAAUUGCAGAGAAAAAUGAGAACGAUGCAUACUUAUAUAGCACCAACGACUACGUAGGGCGCCAGACUUGGGAGUUUGAUCCCGAAGCUGGUUCGCCUGAAGAGCGUGCUCAAGUUGAAGAAGCUCGUCUCCGUUUCUACGAUCGUCGCUUUCAGGUCAAGCCAAGUGCAGACCUUCUCUGGCGUAUGCAGUUUCUAAAGGAGAAAAAGUUCGAGCAGAAAAUAGCAAAAGUGAAAAUAGAAGAGGAUGAAGAAAUAACAUAUGAAAAGGCAACACAGGCAUUACGAAGGGCAGUCAACGUAUUUUGUGCCCUUCAGGCUUCUGACGGUCACUGGCCUGCUGAAAAUGCUGGCCCUCUGUUCUUCCUUCCUCCAUUAGUGAUGUGUGUGUACAUAACAGGACAUUUAGAAAGUGUGUUUCCGAGCGAGCAUCGUAAGGAAAUUCUGAGAUACAUUUACUACCAUCAGAAUGAAGAUGGAGGUUGGGGCCUUCACAUUGAAGGUCAUAGCACCAUGUUCUGCACCGUUCUUAGCUACAUUUGCAUGCGUAUUCUCGGACAAGCUCCUGACGGCGGUCAGGAUAACGCUUGUGCUCGAGCUAGAACUUGGAUUCAUCAGCAUGGCGGUGUUACUUACAUUCCCUCCUGGGGAAAGACUUGGCUCUCGAUACUCGGCGUGUAUGAUUGGUCUGGAAGCAACCCGAUGCCCCCCGAAUUUUGGCUCCUUCCUUCGUUUCUGCCUAUGCACCCAGCAAAAAUGUGGUGCUAUUGUCGGAUGGUUUACAUGCCGAUGUCUUAUUUGUAUGGGAAAAGGUUUGUCGGACCUAUCACUCCUCUUAUUCUUCAACUCCGACAAGAACUCCACACUCAACCUUAUGAACAAGUUAAUUGGAAAAAAACUCGCCACCUUUGCGCAUCUGAGGAUCUGUAUUAUCCCCACCCGAUGAUUCAAGAUUUAAUGUGGGAUGCUCUCUAUGUAUCCACCGAGCCUUUUCUAACACGCUGGCCUUUCAACAAAUUGAUCAGGAGAAAGGCUCUUCAAGUUACUAUGAAUCACAUUCACUACGAAGAUGAAAACAGUCGAUACAUUACCAUUGGCUGCGUCGAAAAGGUGUUAUGCAUGCUUGCUUGCUGGGUUGAAGAUCCAGAUGGUGAUUAUUUCAAGAAACAUCUUGCUAGGAUCCCAGAUUACAUUUGGGUCGCGGAAGACGGAAUGAAAAUGCAGAGUUUCGGAAGUCAACAGUGGGACACUGGUUUUGCCAUUCAAGCUUUGCUUGCUUGUAAUCUUACUCACGAAAUAGGUGAUGUGCUCAAGAAAGGCCAUGACUUCAUAAAGAAAUCUCAGGUCAAGAAUGAUCCUUCCGGAAACUUCAAAAACAUGUACAGACAUAAUUCUAAAGGAUCGUGGACUUUCUCUGACCAAGACCAUGGAUGGCAAGUUUCAGAUUGCACUGCAGAAGGUCUUAAGUGUUGCCUUCUUUUCUCCAUGAUGCCGCCUGAAAUUGUAGGCGAGAAAAUGGAGCCCCAACAGUUGUAUGACGCUGUCAACAUCCUCCUCUCGUUACAGAGUAAGAACGGAGGUUUAGCAGCGUGGGAGCCAGCCGGGGCUCAAGAAUGGCUGGAACUUCUGAAUCCCACAGAAUUUUUCGCUGACAUAGUCAUCGAGCACGAAUAUGUGGAGUGCACUGCAUCUGCAAUCCAUGCUUUAGUUUUGUUCAAGAAAUUGUACCCGGGGCAUCGUAAGAAGGAGAUAGAGAGUUUCAUCGGCAAUGCUGUACGAUACCUUGAGGACAUACAAAGUCCAGAAGGAGGAUGGUAUGGAAACUGGGGAGUUUGCUUCACUUAUGGUUCAUGGUUUGCAUUGGGAGGUCUAGCCGCUGCUGGCAAGAGUUACAACAAUAGCGAAACAAUGCGCAGAGGUGUUAAUUUCCUCAUCAGGAUACAGAAAGAAAACGGAGGAUGGGGAGAGAGCUAUUUGUCGUGCCCGGAGAAGAAAUAUGUGAGUCUCGAAGGAAACAGAUCGAAUCUGGUGCAUACCGCAUGGGCAAUGAUGGGUCUGAUUAACGCCGGGCAGAUGGAUAGGGACCCGAGACCUCUUCACCGAGCAGCAAAGUUGAUAAUCAACUCCCAAUUAGAAGAUGGUGAUUUUCCUCAACAGGAAAUCACGGGUGUGUUCAUGAAGAACUGCAUGUUACACUAUGCAGCAUACAGAAGUAUCUACCCGCUAUGGGCUCUAGCAGAAUAUCGAAGACGUGUUCCUUUGCCAUCCAACGUUAUUUAAAAUAUGUUUGUUGUAUUUGUCAUUACUCAACCAUAAUGAUAAACCUCACACGAUUUACAGAAAUUCCAACCUUUAACUUA